AUGCUAGAUAAUAGAACAGUUGGUACAUUUCAAACUGCUUAUUUACUUAAUAAACCACUUAACACAAAUGUUACAACAGCUGAUCGAUUUAAGCAUCAUCAUUCGGUUCAUUCAUCAGUUCAACAAAAUUUUGCAACACCGGAACCACUUCAACUUUCUUCUGUAAUUCUUCACUCGCUUCAACUUGAAAAUGUAAUUAUCGAUGAGAUUCGCAUUAGUUAUAUCAAAACAGUAGAUUUUACUUAA